UUUCCCACCUCAGACAACAAAAAAACAAGAAAAGCAUCAAUUGCCAACAAAUCACACAACACUCUACAGAGUUUCAAACAUCAACUAAGAAGAGAUCAAGAUGUCACUGAUCCCAAGUUUCUUCGGUGGUCGAAGGAGCAACGUAUUCGACCCUUUCUCCUCUCUUGACGUAUGGGACCCUUUCAAGGAUUUUUCUUUCCCCUCUUCACUUUCUGCUGAAAAUUCUGCGUUUGUGAACACUCGAGUGGAUUGGAAAGAAACCCCAGAAGCACACGUGUUCAAGGCUGAUAUUCCAGGGCUGAAGAAGGAGCAAGUGAAGGUAGAGAUUGAAGAUGGCAACAUUCUUCAAAUAAGUGGAGAGAGGAACAUUGAGAAAGAAGAUAACAACGACAAGUGGCAUCGCGUGGAGCGUAGCACUGGUAAGUUCUUCAGGAAGUUCAGGCUGCCAGAAAAUGCUAAAGUGGAACAAGUUAAGGCUUCAAUGGAAAAUGGGGUUCUCACUGUCACUGUUCCUAAGGAAGAGGUCAAGAAGCCUGAUGUUAAAGCCGUGCAAAUCUCUGGUUAAUCAAUGUCCAACACACAUGAAAUGUAGUGUUUAUCUUUGUUGUAAGAAGUGUAUUGUGUGUGGUGUGUAUGAAACAAAGAUGCUGGUGUGUCUACAUAAUAUUUUGUGUGCUAUGAAUUUUAAGGAAGAUCCUACGAUGUGAAUUGUGAUUGUUAGUUGUUCUGGUUUGUGUUAUUCGUGUGUGUCAAAGUGUCUUCAACUGUUAUGAACAAAAAAGAGAGAAUGUAAUGUAUACUCUAAUUGGAUUUCUUUUCUUUAGAAAUUAUCAUG